AUGGCAGUCAUAUCGCUGCCUUUAACUUUCGCCAAUUCGUUUUGGACCCAAGACUAUCGCAAGGGUCUCGAAGUGUUAUAUGGCAAACUGGAACAGGGCAUCGCUGAGAACGACGAAAUAAUCACUUUUAUUUUGGCUCGUGCUCAGGCAGAGAACCAGAUUGCCAAUGCUCUACUCAACCCACCAACCAUCGGCUCACCAGGCACCGGCUUUAACAGGGAUGACGGCGCGUCACUGCUCAUGACAUUCCGCGGCUUGCAGGACGAAUCGGUUGCCCAAGGUAAAGUUCACAAAGAAAUUGCAAACGACCUUCAAGCCCUCGUUGCGGAACCGUUCAAUAGGUGGGCUCAGACGUACAAGGAACAACUGUCGUCUAGUAAAAGCAAAGUGUUACACAACUGGGUGCACGCUUAUGAGGAUGCACAGAAAGAGGUUAUCAAAUUGAAAAACUCAUAUCUAACCAAAACCCGUAAAGCAGACGAAGCUGAGGAUGAAGCGCGGUUCGCACCGGGAAAUGAUGUGAGCGACCACUACACAACAUCUCCACACCUUGCGCCUCGCGAUACAACACGCACGCCCCAACGCUCCGCAACUGUUUCCGAACGAAUUACACAGCGCCUUAAAGAAAUUCAACGCAGAGCCGCAGGGUCUAUCAGCUCCGCCACGAACGAAUCUGACGCCGGCACAGACGUCACCGAAGGGGAGAAAGAAUUCCCGAAGGUGGACAAAGGCAAAGGAAAGGCCACGGAACUGUCCUCACCACCUCCGAUGUCCCCUCCGUUGCCACCUGCCAAGCUGGACACAUCAUUGCCACCGCAGCCCUCAACUAACCCAGUCUCGAUCAUAAUGGCCGGGGUUUCAUUCCCGCCUUCGGCUUUAUCGACUUUACUCACCCGCGCUGCGGCUGAAAUGCCCCUUAGGCCCGUGCGGUUCCCUCUUCUCGGCGAAUACCCAGAUUGCUUCACCGGUGCUGAGUUUGUAGAAUGGCUCAACAAGAAUGUUCCUACGUUUGAAGGGAACCUCGAUAUUGCGGAAGACGCUGCGAAGGAGUUAACUGAGCGUGAGGGCUUGCUGCGUCGUGUUGGAGAAUUUGGCAACGAAUUCGAACAUGCGGAUGAUAGUUAUUAUCAAUUUAGACCCAAGGCAUUCGAUCUGGAGGGCAAGGCUCCAGAGACUGUCAACCCACCGAAACGAAGCCAGAUCGCGGAUAAUAUAAUAAAGCGGUCCAAUAAUUUGGUAAACGUUGUGACCAAGGCUUUGAACGCAACUUCCCAGAACGAGCCUGCAUACGUGAGGUUACGCCAGGAGGCGGAGGAGGCUGACAAGAUGUAUCGCGUUGCGGUGCGCAAGUUGGAUAGGCAACGAUUGGGUUUGGAGGAGCGAAUUGAGGAAGUGUUGAAGACGCUUCAGAGAGGCGAGGCGGAACGUUUGAGGGCUGUGAAAACUGUUCUCCACCAAUACCAAGGAACGCUGGCCAAUCUGCCUAAAGCUCUCGAACCGACUCUAGAGCGUUCCGCAACAUUCAUUACGACUUACCAGCCCGAAUCGGAUUUGACAGCGCUUAUUGAACAAUACCGUACGGGCCCAUUCCGACCUGUUCCCAAAUUGUACGAAUCCGUCGCACAUGAUGAAUCGGAUGUCGUUUUCGGUAUUGAUCUUCGCAAGUGGGCCGAAGGCGGCUGGUCUGCGCUCACUUCCGGCGAGGAGAAGAAAGAUUAUAUUCCUCCUGUACUUACUGCGCUUUUGGAUGCGUUAAGAUAUGCAUAUGGGAAUCUCCCUAAUGAUGACGAGAGACGGAAAUCAUGGAUAUAUGAUGUCCCACUCCCAGCCCUCCACCAUCUUCGCGAAAGCUUGAAUGCCAUUCCACCGGAUCAGCCUUUCUCACAAGAGAUGCUUUCUAGAUUCGACGCACCUAUUCUGGCGGGAUGUGUGAAGCUCUGGGCGCUUGAACUCGAUCCGCCUCUAAUGUUAUGGGAGGGCUGGGACGAAAUUAGGAAGUUGUAUCCGACUGUUGGGUCCACCAAACUCGACGACGAGACGUCAGAACAGCAACAUGUACAGGAUUUACAAGCUGCUUUGCUGCGCGUUCCAAAAGUCAGCCUCUUCGUCCUCGACACCAUAGUCACACAUUUGCGCAAACUCAUCGACACGACCAGUACAGAAGAGGAUGAUGAUAUGUACAUUGCGAAGUUAGCGUUGUCGGUUGGCAGAACGAUUAUUCGACCCAAAGUCGAGACAGAACUUUCCAUUCAAGAUCGUCACCCAACGUUGUUCCUUAUUGACCUUCUCAAAAACUACGAUUCUAUCCUCCCUCCGACGAUCGAACGAAAGAAACGCGAAUCGGAGCGGCGCGUGCCCAUUAGGAAACGCACUGCUCCCGUGGAUAUGCGGAUGAGUAGGGGCAAGCUUUCGGUGGGGAGUCCGUCGCGGGAAAUUCUUGCGGCACAGGAGCUUGCGGCGCAGAAGGCUGCUGCUACUAUUACUACUCCAGCAGUAGUGAGUGCGGUUGGACCGGGUGGCCCUCCGGCUCGGGUCACCGCAGAGCCGGAGUCCUUUGAGCCAGAAACGGUCCCUGACACAGAGACGGAGAUGGAGGAUGUCGCUCCGGAAUCGGAACCUGAGCAUGAGAGUGGUCCUCCACCAACGACCGCAGAAGAUCCAAGCGCGCCACCUCGUCCGACUUUCAAAGAGCCCCCUCCAGAACUAGACGAUCUACCUCCCCGCCCAUCAUUCAAAGAACCCCCUCCAGAACUCGACGAUAGUCCCUAUACUAAACCUUCGUUCGUAUCGCCUCCCCCAUCGCCGCCAAGGACAACGCUUCCCAUCGCGGACGACAAACCCGUCUCUCCAGCCGUUGCGGUGACACCUGCGACACCACAGAAUCCAAUUAAAGCUCUGAGGCGUCAAUCAGCAGUCCGAUCCGGGAGCUCCUCUCCCGCUCGUUCUCCCUCUCCGUCAACAGGGAGUGGUGCGGGUGCGGUAGCAGACGAUCAACCACUCAAUCCCGGUCGUUCAGGUUUGUCGAGACACACGUCGGGACAGACUACUACCAUGCGCGGGCCUCGAAUCUCUCGUGGUCCCAGGGCCCCAGGUGGAGGGAGCGUUAGCAGUAUAGUCGCGAAUCUUAAUCGGACAGGGGCUACUUCGCCGCCACCCCGGUCGUCGUCGCCGGGACUUAAGAGGAUGUCGGGAAUUGGUUCUGGCUCAAGACCUUCGUCGAUGUUUGGUGGGAGCGGUGUACAGGGCCGUGGUGUGGGCAUGCGCGGAGGGUUUUCAAGGAGAACAAUGGCGAGUGAUGUAGAGGACGAGGUGGUGAACAAGUAA